UGCGGCGAGUGCCCGGCUCCUCGUCCCUGCCGGGCCCGCCCUGCAGGAGCCGGCUCCAGCCUGUCCGGGGCGCGGCGUGCGGAGCCGGAGCCGGAGCCCGGGAUGGAGGAAGAGGAGGAGGAGGAAGAAGAGGGGCUGAACCGCGCAGCGCAGGCCCAGCUUCAAGGCAAGGUCCUAUUUCUUACAAUAUGUGCUGCUGGGAUUGGAGGGACUUUCCAGUAUGGCUACAACAUCUCCAUCAUCAAUGCUCCAACUACAUACAUUCAGACGUUUAUAAAUGAAACAUGGCUAGAACGCACAGGUGCAUCUCUAGAGAGCAGUGUGAUAUUGCUGGUGUGGUCUUUCGUUGUUUCUGUCUAUUCUCUGGGAGGACUCACCGGAGCUCUCAUUGCAGGACCCAUGGCAAUCAAGCUGGGAAGGAAGACAUCCUUGCUGCUGAAUAACGCGUUUGUGAUCAUAGCUGCAGUCUUGUCAGGAUUCAGCCGGAUGGCCAAAUCCUUCGAAAUGAUCAUGCUCGGCAGAUUUUUCACUGGAAUCAAUGCUGGUGUGAGCAUGAACAUUCAGCCCAUGUACCUGGGGGAAAGUGCUCCCAAGAAGGUCAGAGGAGCAGUGACCUUGACUUCUGCAUCAUUUACUGCCCUGGGGUUGGUGCUGGGACAAGUUGUUGGAAUUAGAGAACUAUUAGGGGGAGAGGAGAGCUGGCCUCUUCUUUUAGCUAGCAAUGUGGUGCCUGCUCUAAUCCAGCUGAUUACUCUGCCUUGGUUACCAGAAAGCCCUAGGUACCUCUUGAUUGACCGAGGUGACAAGGAAUCCUGCAUCUGUGCAUUGCAGAAGCUGAGAGGUAAUGGUGACCUGAGCAGUGAGCUGGAGGAAAUGCUAGCAGAACAGGCUGCCAUGAAAGGUCAGAGGGCAAAGAGUCCGUGGGAGCUGUGCCAGAAUCCAGCUGUAAGAUGGCAGCUGAUAAGUAUCAUUGUGCUGAGCAGUGCCAUGCAGCUCUGUGGAAAUGACUCGAUGUAUUUUUAUGCUUCCUAUGUGUUCCAAGAGGCUGGAAUUCCAUAUGAGAAAAUCCAAUAUGUCAUUAUCGGCACCGGGUGCUGCGAAUUGAUCACAGCCGUUACUUCUAAUGCAAUAAUAGAGCGUGCUGGGCGGCGGUUGCUGAUUCUGGGGGGAUACAGCCUCAUGGCAGUAUGGGCCAUCGUUUUCAUGGUUGCUUUAUCCCAGCAGAGUCGGAUUAGCUGGAUGCCUUACCUCAGCAUGGCCUGUAUUUUCGCCUAUAUCCUGAGCUUUGGAAUUGGACCAGCUGGUGUGACAGGAAUUUUGCCGACAGAGAUUUUUGAUCAACUGUCUCGUCCAGCUGCUUACAUGAUCUGUGGCUCUCUGCUCUGGUCCAAUCUAUUUGCAGUUGGAAUGGCCUUUCCAUUCAUUGUGGAAGGUCUUGCUCACUUCUGCUACCUUCCAUUCUUCACGGUUUGUGUCUGCACUGCUCUAUAUGUCGGGUUUUUUCUUCCUGAGACAAAGGGGAAAACCUUCCUGGAAAUCUCCAAUGAGUUCAACAAGCGCAACUUCAAAGCUCAGACACGUGAGAAGUUUUGGAAAGGCCCUGAGGAAAUCAAAUCCACUAUGUUAUAGUCUGGGAAUAAGUAAAGGUGGCUGGUGGUUGGAAAAUAUCCUGAGAUGUUUCUCUUUUCUUGUUAGGGUGGAGACAGAAGAGGUGGGGGCUAGGGAGAAGACACUAGUCUUGGUUGUGUAGUGGAAAGUUUUCAUACUAAAGCAGGAAGUUCAGCUGAUGUUUCUUGUUCACUUCAUUUGUUAAAAACAGUUUGCACUGCAUUUCUGCUUAGAACUGUAGCAUUUAUUUAUUCCACAGUGCCCUUUGCCAUCUCUUGGGAGCAUCCACAGUGAUAUGCUACUUUGACAAACCAUUUUGAAAGCUUCUUUUAAAAAGAAUGGAUCACACUGGAUAUUAUGAUUCCAUUUAUUAAUGGUUUAUAAAGGGUUAAUAAAAUAUUAAUAUAUGUUAUACAUAUUACAGACAUGAGUACUAUGCAUUAUAGAUUGUUGUAAGCAGAAGGUGUUAUAGAUGGUUAUAACUAGGGGCCUCAUUAAAUCACAAUUUCAUGGAGACCACGGAAAUCGUAAAUAUGCCCUCGGGCCCCAAACCAUGAAUGGUAGUCAGUUUCAGGGACAGAAUGAAUUUUACAACUAAAUUGAGUCAAUUUCAAGAUGGAAUAAAUUUUACACAUAGUAGUCAAUUUAAAGGGCGGGAUGAAUUUUACAAGUAAUGUUAAUCAAUUUCAAGAAUGGAAUCAAUUCCCAACCUUGAAAUUGACUCAAUUUAGUUGUAAACUUCAUUCCAUCUUUGAAAUUCUCUAACAUUAACUGUAAAAUUCAUUCCACUCAAACUCCAUGAAAUUCAGUACUCUGCCAUUUAAACUGUUGUGGAUUUUCUUAAAAUAAAUAAAUAAUAAUAAAAAAAUAAUUUAAAAAAAGGCUCUAGUUAAAAGCCACCUAUUGACCUUCUGGCCUCUGUAAUAAUCUAUAAUGUUUGAUUAACCACAUAUUAAAAAUCUGUCAAUCAUUCAUUAACCCAAUAAUUCAUUAAUCUUCUACAAGCCUUUUAUUCAUGGAACAGAAAAUUAAAGUAUGAGCAAAUAAUGUGUUCAUUUCCCCCCUCCCCUCUGCUUCCCUUUCUCCAUCAAAGUCAUCACUUUUGAUUUAUUUUUAAUUUUAGACAAAUACUAAAGAAAUCUUUAGACGACUUUUAUUUGGGGGAAAUAUACACCUAGCACUUAGUGACUUCUCACUGUUUUGUCCUGCACAAUCAGCUUGUGUUUUCCUCUCAUUUAGCUACCCCACUAGUUGUGGUUUAGAUACAUCAUACAUUCAGAUAAGGGGCACUAAUGCUGAUUGUGUCAGUGAUGAGAUUCAGUUAUUGUUUUUUGUAAUCCCAUCCACUCAAGUGCAGCACAGGGACGUUAAUCUUUCUGAAGGAGAGUUAAUUUUUAACUGCAAUAUGUUUUCCAGCCACAUAAAUAUACAGACACAUUAGGUGUGCAGAAGUACUCUGUCGUGCCUUGCGCCUCAGGUGCCCCAGGUGUGUAUAUACUGACUGUUGUGUCAUCGUUCACAUGAGACAAAUGACUGAUACAUCU